AUGGUUCGCAAACUCUCAACGUCUUCGUUCUACAUCCAGUUAAAUCAGAUUGUGGACGAUCGUUCGUCGGAUCAGAUCAUCGUUUGGGACUUGAAAAAGCUUCGCAGCGACAUUCUUUCCAAAUACUCCUCCGUACUGGGCAGAAACUUGACAGAGUUUAUCGCAAAGCUUCGCUCUCAUGGCUUUCCAAGUGUCGCCAAGGGUCCUGGGGAGUUGGAGUUCUCACAUGAUGAUUUCGCGAGAAGCCCUCUGAUGAAGAAGAUGAUGGUCAAAGCCUUGUCGGAGAGGAUUGAAAAGUUUGAUGCUCAGAUCAAAGCCAUGAAGUGUAGGCUCAAAGCCAAGAAAGCUACCCUCAAAGUUGAGAAUCUCUUUCAAAACCUGCGAAUCUGA